AUUCGUACAUCACAAAUAUUUUUUGAAAUGCACGUUGUUGACAAAAUUCUUAGUUUUAUCUAAUUUUCUGACUAACACUUAACAGAACGUUUAAAAAUGGGGAAAUUAAACGUGACAAUGUUGCGUUACUUAAGCAAAGAAGAUUUUAGGGUUUUGACAGCGGUCGAAAUGGGAAUGAAAAAUCAUGAGAUUGUUCCCACACCACUCAUUGCCUCGAUAGCUCAUCUGCAUUCUGGUGGCUGCCACAAGAUUCUAAAGGAGCUUAGCAAACACAGACUGGUUUGCUAUGAACAUGGUGGCAAGAAAGUUCCUGGGUACAGGUUGACCAACUCGGGCUAUGAUUACCUGGCACUUAAAGCCCUGACCACACGGGCAGCUGUGCAAUAUGUUGGGAAUCAGAUUGGAGUUGGAAAAGAGUCAGAUGUGUACAUAGUGGCUGAUGAAGAUGACAAGCAAUGGGCCUUGAAACUCCAUAGACUUGGGCGUACUUCAUUCCGUCAACUAAAAAACAAGAGAGACUACCAUCGCCAUAGAAACAAGGCAUCCUGGCUGUAUCUUUCCAGGCUGGCAGCUAUGAAGGAGUUUGCUUUCAUGAAGGCCUUGUAUGAUAGGGGCUUUCCUGUACCCCAGCCGCGUGACAACAACCGACAUGCAGUUGUCAUGGAGCUGCUCAGUGGAUAUCCUAUGUCUAAUGUGAAGGAGGUUGCCAACCCUGCCUCCAUCUACAAUGACUGCAUGGAGCUGCUUGUGAAGCUGGGCAACUGUGGCCUCAUACACGGAGACUUCAAUGAGUUCAAUCUUAUGUUGGAUGAGGACGAACGUGUCACCAUGAUCGACUUUCCACAGAUGGUCUCAACAUCACACAAGAACGCUGAGUGGUACUUUGACAGAGAUGUCAACUGUGUCCGGGUCUUCUUUGCCAAAAGAUUUCACUAUGAGAGUGAGCUUUAUCCAAAGUUCUCAGAUCUCAGGAAAAGUGAUGAUCUUGAUGUGGCUGUAUCUGCCAGUGGUUUUACAAAGGACCUAGCUGCAAAGUUUGAUGAAGCUGCAGAGGAAUUCAAUAUUCUUGGUGGUCCUGAUGAUCCAAAAGAAGUUGAUGAAAGUGGGGCUGACGAUAGUGCAGAAGAGGAAGAGAAUGAGGAGAAGGAAGAGGAGGAAGAAGAAGAAGAAACCCAUGAUGUUGGUGACUAUGAUGAAAAUGAUGAUGUUGAUGUUAAACCAGAAACUGAGGCUAAAAGUCCUGUGUUAACAGAACCAGAGUGUGGAAAGGUUGAGAAAAGACAUGAUUUCGAAAGUGAAGAAAAUGUCAGCAAAAAUGAAAAUAUUCUCAUUAAAAAUGACACUGAAUGCGAAACACCCAAGGAGGAACAUGGUGAAGCUAAUGAAGAGGCAACAAAGGAGGUUCUUGGCAGUGACAGUGAAGGUGAAAUGUGUGAUAUCAGUGGUCAGAACAAGAGCUACAGGCCGUUCCGUAGCGAGUCAAGUGUGCAGCACGUGAACACACACGUCCUGAAGGCAAGGGCCCGCAACUCUGAUAGCGUAAGCACUUCAAACUUUAGCACCUCUAGCAUUGCCCCUGAGGUCAUUAGGGCAAAGGUCAAGAGGCAACGCAAGAGACUGGCAGAUCAACUUCAGGCCCGAAGGAUUCGCAAGAGUGGUGAGGCCUCGUUGCAGACAAAACUGCGUAGAGACGUGGAGCUUGACAUUCGGCAGAGCACCAGUGCAGAGUGGUUCUAGCCCUGUUGCGGUCAUUUAACGCUUGACCAUUCAGAUAUGCACUUUGACAUGUUUGUAGUUCCUUAGAACAUCUAAUUGAGUUUUAAGACUUUUCUAAAUAAAAUCGAGUUUUCAAAGGCUUCAUUUUUAUUUCUAAGAUACUGAUGAGCAGCAAACAGCAUAAAACCUUAACAGACUGCGAGUUGCUUGCAGGCUGUUCUGGUUUUAUGACAUUUGCACAUAGCCAUUUUCACAUUGCUUCUGAUCGGGAAAGGGUUUUCGAUUACUAAAUUUGACUUGGUUUACUGAGAUUGCAGGUAACUGAACUUAAUGACAGUGAUUUUUUAAGAAUACAACAAAUGUACUGUUUCAAGUUUUCAGUCAAGGAUUUUCAAUGAUGACAAUGUAUUUUGAAAGCAUUUAUAUGAAAAAAUUAUAUAUUGUUUUAUUAGACUUCUAUUUAGAUUAUGUUUUUUAUUGUGGAAUUUUAUUGUGUUAUGAAAUGGAUGGUAUUUGAUAUCAGAUGUUUUUUGGAUAACAAAUUAUAUACUUAAACAUUUUCAAUUAUUGUGAAAGGUUAUGUAAAAAAAAAUACAUUUAUUGACAAGCGUUAAAAAUAAAUUUAAAGAAUAUU